CUCGGUGCGGGCCGCGGGCCGGGCGGCGCGGCUGACGUCAGGGCGGGGCUGGCGCUGCCCGCGGGCGGAGCGGGGCCGGCGGCGGGCGCGGGGAGCGGCAGAUUAAGCAGCAAUGGCAUUUGUGAAGAGCGGAUGGCUGCUCCGGCAAAGUACAAUUUUACGGCGUUGGAAGAAGAACUGGUUUGAUCUGUGGUCUGAUGCCUUAAUAUUCUAUGAUGAUCAAAGUCGGCGUGAUCUAGAAGAUAAAAUCCACAUGAAAAUCCACUGCAUCAACCUCAGAGUGGGGAACGAAUGUCGAGAUUUCCAGCCUCCAGAGGGGAAGCAGAGAGACUGUUUACUGCAGAUUGUUUGCCGUGAUGGGAAGACAGUCAACCUCUGUGCAGAGAGUGCAGAUGACUGCCUGGCAUGGAAAAUUGCUCUCCAGGAUGCCAGAACAAACACAGGCUAUGUGGGAUCUGAUGUGAUGUAUGAUGAGACAGCCAUUUCCUCAGCCCCUCCUCCCUACACAGCUUAUGCCACACCAUCACCUGAGGUUUAUGGCUAUGGCUAUGAUCAGUACAAUGGUGUGUACCCCCCGGUGGGCCCUCAGAUCUUCUAUGCCUCCAAUGGACAAGCUUAUGCUGUGCCCUAUCAGUAUCCAUACCAAGGACCUUAUGGGCAGCCCCCUGCAAACCACGUCAUCAUCCGAGAGCGUUACCGUGACAGCGAUGGAGACCUUGCACUGGGCAUGCUGGCUGGAGCAGCAACUGGAAUGGCUCUGGGAUCACUCUUUUGGGUCUUCUAGAUUACCCUUUCCUUAUCUCUGUAGUUCCAAACCCCUUUAUUGUGUGCAAUAAUAUAUUGGCAAUGUUGUUUACUGUUAAACUUUGAAAAAUGCAAUAGUUAUUUUUCAGUAGUGACAUCUUAAUAACUGGUUCUUAACUGUCUUAAGGAGAGUUUAGAGGCACCAUUUAGUUAAGUGGUUGGAAAUGGCAUGUGCUGUUCUUGAAUUCUGGUCUGAUAUACAGAAUUACAAGGAUCAGUGUGAGCACCAGUGUCACAUGGUAGCAGUCACCUGCUUUAUGAACAGACUGUUACUAAACACUACAGGAAAAAAGGUUGGUUUUUUUUUUGGAGAGGAGUCUAAGAUCUAGUUCAAAUAAGAGGUUAACAGGAGUCCUGCAUUAGUGUACAUAUACUACUGGCUUUUAAACAUUCCCUGGAAAAACAGAAAGCUCAGCAGAGAUUCUUUGGCAUUAGACAGUCUGCCAUGCUUGAGGGUUUUUUUUGUUUUCAGACUUGCCUGCAGAUGGUCGUGUGUUUUCUUAGGUGCAGCCCUGUACCUGCUUCUCACACCAUCCAGGUGAAGUUGUCUCUGAGAAUGUAUGAGCAAACCACUAGGAAGCAGCAGCACUCCUCAAUUAUUUUAUUCUCCUAGAAAUGUGAAUGACUAGUGGCAAGGAAGAGCAGUUUUUAUUGUUCUGGCUCCCUCUUUAUCCUGGAUACCUCUUCUGUGGUCAUGGUCAGAUGAAGUACUGGAUCUUUAGCUUUGCAGGUGUCUGCAGAGCAGCAGCCUCAGACACUGCAGCAGCUGCAUUGUUAGGAACCAGCCAUUGUCCCUGCUCCUUACUGCCAUGGCUCUGCAGAGGCUGCAGGAGGAGAAGGAGCUUGAACAGCCCUUGUCUGUUGGGCCUGCCAGCCCCUCUGCAGCGGGAACAGGAGGGGAGAGACAAGCAACAGAAGUAGACCCUGCACACAGGCACUUUGAUAUCAGCUGCCUUGCUGAUCCUAUCAGGGCUAGGAUAAGAUGUCUGCCUCUUAGCCACCAUGGUUUGCUGAACCAGGUUCCUUAUUUGCAACUAAUUUUGAGCACAGCUGAGCCUGGGUUUGUUGUUUGUACAUUUUCACCUCACAUUCAGCAGGUCUUCUCUUCCCUCCAUGACUUGUUGAGAAAAACACUCCAAGGAAUCUGUCUGGCUUUGCUUGUAUGUGUGGUUUCUCUACACAGUGUGCUGUCCCCUGGAGUGCAGCUGUUUUGUGUGUUACAUGGCCUGUUCUAAUCCAUGCUGAGCUGUGCUUGGCAGAGAAAGAAAGCUCUGAAGAAAUGCACAGGCUUUCUUGUUCAGGUAAAUGAGGCAGGGUGCCUAAGCUGAGUUCUUAUAGUAAGAGGACUUAUUUUUAUACUUCCACUCUUAGCUUCCUGUAUUCCCAUACUGUUACUGUUACUGUUAUGCUUAACAUUAAGCAUAAGACUUAAUGUUAAGUCUUAUGCUUCCAUUUAGAAGAAGGUUAAUUUCCUUAUGGUUCACAGGGUUUCAUGUCAGGAAAGAUGAAAAUAGAUGAGAACUUGCACCUAUAUAAAUUUAGCUGAAGUACCAAUCUUCUCCAUUUCAUCCUAAAAUUCUCUUGGCUCUGUCCUACUUAUUUAAGCAACAGAAGUCCUGGACAAGAGUUUGGGUAGCAGCCAGGGGAAGCACUAGGCUCUCAUGAGCCUUAGGACUAACUCAAGCAAGUGGAAUCACUGGAAGUAAACAGACAGAGGUCAUUGUGGCUGCUUUACUAAGAGUGGCCUAAUCCAGGGAGGGUAAACUGCUUUCAGGAGGCUGGCUCUGAGCUGUACACCAGUGUGCAAGCAUGUCCUUUCACAGGUUAACAAAGCUGCACGUGUUCAGCCAGUCAGAUGUACUGAAAGGACGUUCUGGAAGUGCAAAAUAGGACUAAAAUGAAAGUUUUCUGUUGCUAAUCCAAACCAAAAGAAAUUGCAGUACACUACUGAAGCUCUCUUAGAGACCUUGAGGUCAGAAAGGGAUGGAAUGUAAGUGCACAAACAUGUCUGCCCUUUUAAAAAGCCCUUUAAGAGGUGAAUUUGAUUACAGGUCUGUGCUGCUAUCUGGUUUGUGCUUUGCAAUAGUGAGUUCUGCAAAAUGCCUGCAUCUCUUCCUCUGUGAUUCUUAACUUUUAAGGAGUAGGGGAGAAUAAAUCCACUGGGCAUCAUGUGAUUUUUUUAAAUUUCCUAAUGAUUGGGAAAGGAUAACAAAAAGUGAAUCAGCUGGGUUUUUGUUUUGGUUUGGGCUUUUUUUUUUCAGAAUAACUGUUAGUCAUAGCAGGGGAACAUGUCUUUUGUGUUUUCAGGAGAUAACUCUGUCUAGGUCCUUAGUUUUUUCAAGUGAAGUAUAUAAAAUAAAGAUUGUUGAUUGCAAAACA